GUAUAGGUUAUAAUUCCUUUCGUUCGUAUUUCUUCAUUUAAUUUCUGUUGACAUUAAUAGUGAAUAAUAACAUGAACGAAAUAUGUAAUUAAAUUUAUGUAUAAGAAAUGUUUGAGGGAGAAAUAGAACCGCCACCAAUUCUUUUGGAUGUAGAAAAGGAACUAGAGGAAUAUUUAAUAAAUCCCGAAAGACUUUCCAUUCAUGAAUAUGAACGAAAUCAAGAACACUGGCCACGAGAAAUCGAUGUAUCAUCUUUAUUUGUUUAUGAUAUAUCACCACUAUCGACCACUCUUAAAGUGCAACGUGACUAUACGACAGGAGAGAUUGUUGAAUUUUGUGAAGUUCCUAUUGAUAGUGCUACAGCUUCAUCUAAAAAUUCGAUGAUGUUAACUCGAGCUCCUGCAGCACCUGAAGACGUUGUAUUUGGAAAUAUAUCAAACAUUCCCUUUUUACCUGGAAGCUUUAUUGAUCCCCUAGAACAAUUAAAAUAUCAGAGUGAAACUGACAAAAAAGAAGCUGAAGAUUUAUUGAUUGUACCACCUGGCUUUGAAAGUGGUCUAAUAUUUGAUACUGAUGGAAUUACUGUAAAAGGACUGAGUGGAGAUAACAGUCUUAAAAAUUCCGUCAAUUUUGGUGAUGAUAAAAAUAUAUUAGAUUUGCUAGAUGUUCUUGAUAAAGAACAAGAUUUUACAGAAUUGUUAGAAAAGCCUGAGAAUUCAGAAAACUCAUUAACUCAAGUUGAAUCAGAUUUUACUACAUUACCUGGUGAAGAGGAAGCUUUGAAAGAUAUACCAGUUUUAAAAAUUAGUGAAACUGUUCCAAGGCAGUCUCGAGAAGGCACUGAAUGGGCUAUACUACUUGACACAUCAAAAGCUGUAGAUAAUUUUAAGGAAAAAGUACCUCAUUUAGCUCAUAAUUUUGAUUUUGAAUUGGACACCUUUCAAAAAUUGGCAAUUAUGCAGCUUGAAGAGCAUAACCAUGUAUUUGUAGCUGCUCAUACAUCUGCUGGUAAAACUGUAGUAGCUGAAUAUGCCAUUGCUCUAUCCCAAAAACAUAUGUCCAGGACCAUUUAUACCUCUCCCAUUAAGGCUCUUUCAAAUCAGAAAUAUCGCGAUUUUAAGAGAACAUUUAAAGAUGUAGGUCUCAUUACUGGGGAUUUUCAAAUCAAUCAGACUGCAUCUUGUCUCAUAAUGACCACUGAGAUUUUGAGAUCUAUGCUCUAUCGAGGAAGUGAUAUUGCCAGAGAUCUUGAGUACGUAAUCUUUGAUGAAGUGCAUUACAUAAAUGAUAAAGAAAGAGGUCAUGUUUGGGAACAGGUACUUAUAAUGUUACCACCCCACGUUUGCGUCGUACUGCUGAGCGCUACUGUCCCAAAUACCACAGAAUUUGCAGAUUGGUUGGGAAGGACACAUCAGAGAAAAGUAUACGUUAUCAAAACGGACAAAAGACCGGUUCCGCUACAGCAUUAUUUAUACACAGGAUGUGGAGGAAAAAGCAGAGAUAACAGAUAUUUAAUACAAGCUGGGAACGGUCAAUUCGUCCUCGCGGGGUAAUUUAUGAUUUAUUACA